UUCUAUUUAAAAUGGCAUCUGCGUCGAUUUGUUUGUGUUGAAUACGUGACAAAUAAAACAAACGUAAAUUCCAAAUAAAGUGGACCAACAGACCUAGAGUAAACCCACAAGAUGGGAGUACCAGCAUUCUUUCGCUGGCUUAGUCGCAAAUACCCCAGCGUCAUCGUUGAAUGUGUUGAACAGAAGCCAACCGACGUAGAUGGACAACUUGUGUAUGCAGACUCCUCGCUGCCAAACCCCAAUGGUGUGGAGUUCGACAAUCUCUACCUGGACAUGAACGGUAUCAUCCACCCUUGUACUCACCCUGAGGAUAAGCCACCUCCCAAAGAUGAGGAUGAGAUGAUGGUUGCCAUCUUUGAGUGCAUUGACAGACUGUUCCGCAUUGUGAGGCCGAGAAAGCUGCUGUAUAUGGCUAUUGAUGGAGUUGCGCCCAGAGCUAAGAUGAACCAGCAACGCUCGCGUCGUUUCCGCGCGUCCAAGGAAACCCAGGAGAAGAUUGAGGAAGUCGCGCGCAUCCGCUCCGAGCUCCAGGUGAAGGGCGCGUACCUGCCUCCCGAGAGGCCUAAGGAGGCGCAUUUCGAUUCCAACUGCAUCACACCAGGGACACCGUUCAUGGAUAGGCUUAGCAAGUGCUUGCAUUAUUAUAUACAUGACAGAUUAAACACUGACCCAGGAUGGAAAGGGAUCAAGGUCAUCCUGUCUGACGCAAAUGUUCCUGGAGAAGGGGAACACAAGAUUAUGGACUACAUUAGAAGGCAGAGAGCCCAACCGGACCAUGACCCUAACACUCAGCAUGUAUUGUGUGGCGCCGACGCGGACCUCAUCAUGCUGGGGCUGGCCACCCAUGAGCCUAACUUCACCAUCAUCCGCGAGGAGUUCAAGCCGAACAAACCGCGCCCUUGCGACGUCUGCGGGCAGCUGGGGCAUGAAAUGAAAGAAUGCACAGGCACAACUCCAGAAGUUUCAUUGGUCCGUUCAGACCCAGCUUUUGGUAACCAGGACAGCUUCAUCUUCGUACGCCUGAGCGUCCUGAGGGAAUACCUAGAGCGGGAGUUGCAGAUGCCUAACUUACCAUUCCCCUAUGACUUUGAAAGGGCCCUGGAUGAUUGGGUCUUUAUGUGUUUCUUCGUGGGGAAUGACUUUCUGCCGCAUCUGCCCAGUCUGGAGAUUAGGGAGGGUGCGGUGGAUCGGCUAGUGAAUCUUUACAAGAAGUGUGUUUAUAGAACAAAGGGUUGGAUAACAGACUCCGGCGACGUGAACCUGGACCGCGUGCAGGUGAUCAUGACGGAGCUGGGGCACGUGGAGGACGAGAUCUUCAAGCGGCGCCACCAGAACGAGAUACAUUUCAAAGCCCGCGACAAGGCACGCAAGAAGCAGCAGAAGGUCAACUUCGGGCUGUUGGAGAAGACGCAGUUCGCGCCUAUGCCCGUCGGUCCCGGAGGUUUCAAAGCGGUGGAGAACGUGCGAUCAGAAGCCGCGAAUAUUCGUCUCGCUGGCAUGCAGUCAGUUGCUGCACAAGAAGACAACCAAGGCCGUGGUCGCGGUCGCAAGCGCUCAGCAGCGGAAGCUGGACUCGAGGAGGAGGAUGACGAUGACAAACACGACGAGGUGCGGCUCUGGGAGGAGGGAUUCAAGGAGCGCUACUACGAGAGCAAGUUUGAGGUGUCCAGGGACAACCUAGAGUUCAGGUAUCGUGUCGCCCUCCAGUACGUGCGCGGGCUGUGCUGGGUGCUGCGCUACUACUACCAGGGCUGCGCGUCGUGGAAGUGGUACUUCCCGUACCACUACGCGCCCUUCGCCUCGGACUUUGUCAACAUAUGCGGUCUCUCCACCAAGUUCGAGAAGGGAACUCAACCGUUCCGUCCGCUGGAGCAGUUGAUGGGCGUGUUCCCGGCCGCCAGCUCGCAGCACGUGCCCAAGCCCUGGGCCACGCUCAUGAGCGACCCCUUCUCGCCGAUUAUCGACUUCUACCCGACGGACUUCAAGAUCGACCUGAACGGCAAGAAGUUCGCGUGGCAGGGCGUCGCGCUGCUGCCGUUCGUGGACGAGGCGCGGCUGUUCAAGGCGCUGGAGCCCUACUACGAGAACCUCACGCAGGCUGAGAGACAGCGCAACAUCCGCGGCAACGAUCGGCUCUACGUGUCGACCGGCAACAAGAGCUACGAGUACCUGCUGGGGCUGUACGAGGAGGCGGGCCACAACCUCAAGGCGCUGGUGCAGGAGAGUCAGCAGUACCCCUACCGCUGCGACGGCGUGCGCGGGAACGUCAUGCUCAGCGCUGACAACGUGCUGUGCGGCGGCCAACUACCCUCACCGGUGAUUGGACUGGCGCCGGUCUUGGACAACCGUGUGCUGUGCAUCCGUUUCGAGGACCCGCAGUACCCGGAGGACUUCAUCUUCCCGGCGCGCAGGCUGAAGAACGCUAGUGAGCCGCCGCGGACGCUCAAACCUGGGAACCUCUCGCACGAGGAGAACAGGAACUACAGGCCGCAUAUUGGCAUGGUCCGCUCGAACACGCUCGCCACGCUGGAGAUGGCCGGCCACCGCAUGCUGGGACACCACCUGCCGCGCGACCGCUCCUACGGGAACGUGCCGCCGCCGCAACACCAGCAGCAGAGAGAACGCUCCCAAUCAUUCGGACCAAUCCGCAGCGGGUACGUACCCCACGACCAGGGCUCCGGACAAGGCCACCAGAGCUACAACCGGUCUGGAUACGGCCAGGACCGAUACCAGGACAGAUCUCAGGGACACCAAGACAGGUCCCAGGGAUACGACAGGAACCAGGGGCACAGCCAGGGUUACGGACAAGACAGAUCCCAAGGAUACAACCGGUAUCAGAGCCAAGGAUAUUCAAAUUAUCAGGGUCAAGGGUACCAGUCGAAUAGAGGUUCAAAUCAAAGCUACGGUCAAAAUAAGUACAGCCAGUAUCAGCAGAAUAAGUAUGGAAAUCAAGGACAAUCGUCGCAGCCUCGGAGGAACCAGGGGUACAGCAGUAACCAGGGCGGGUGGCGAUAAGAUAUAGUGAUAAGGGUUUAGUAAGUCUUGAUAAUCCAGUCUGUAUACAAUUAGCAUAGGAUAGAAUUCUCGAAUGAUCAAGGCAGGCAUAAUUCUAACGACUGACAGCUAGUUGCUAAUAGCGUUUAAAAUCCGCCGAUAUCAGGCUAAAAAUACACUUAGUCUCAUCGAUGGUGUCUAGACGCCAUCGUCCUACGCUAAUAGUGUACGGAAUGAUGUAUAAUAUAAAAUAAGAUAUCGCUCACACAUUCAAAAAGAUGUGCAAUGUUGCAAAUGUCACUAUGGCAAAGACAAGGCGUUAAAAAUAUUUCUACGUCGUGAUUUCAAAUAAAAUAAUGGUAUAUACAUGAUAGAAAAUGAUAAUAUGAGGGAUUAAAUAUUUUGAUACAAUUAAUCGUUCAAUUAAACGAGAAAAAUAAUAACCAACGCAUCCCCUGCCUUAUCACAAUAUUAAAGUAAUGUUGAGUUUAGCAAUGUUGGUACUGAGAGUUUUAUAUAAAUAUAUAUGCUAUUACCAUAAAUGUUAAAAUGAACCACCCUGUAUAAUGUAUACAGCCCUACUACGGAGUCAAUAUAUGUGUAGCCUUGAAAGCCUUAUACAAAGUGAUAUUAAUUUUCUUUUUUAAAAUAAUAGUGUUAUGUUUGAUUGUAAGUGGCAGCUUGAUUCGAUCAGUGAGAAUAUAUGAGAGUGAAGUAACAAUAGUAUAGUGUUAUAAAUGUAAUAUUAAAUUCUUUUGAAGGUCACUUUAUCUAUACAGAGGCAAAGUUUGUGAGUUUGUUUGUUUGUAGGCGCAAAUUUCUGGAACUAGUGAACUGAUUUUGAAAAUUAUUUUACUUAUUAGUAAGAGCUUCCAUUACUCUAGUAGUGGUUAUAGGGUACUUUUAAACCGUACGAACUUUUCACGCGAGCAGAGACGCGGGCAAAAGCAAGCUAUAUAUUUUAGAGAAAUUAUUUAUGAAUACGCAGCUUAUUUUAUACGCUCUUCGGAUACAUCUAAACGCGAGACAGUCUAGAACUAUCUCAGUACAUAAAAGCAGCUGAAAACACAGAGCGUUGGAAAUACGAGCGACAUGGACGCAUAGCCAGUGUAACUACUGGACAUAAUAAGACUUAGCAUCUCAUGUCUCAGGAUGGCGAGCGCAGUGGAAUACCAAAUACUGUGUAAUUCAAGGUGUUGGAUGGUGUUUCUACUGUUUAUAGGCGGUCGUAUACAUACAUACUAUUUGGUUAAAAGCUAGCUCGUCUCGUCAUUCGAAGCAAUAAAAAAUAAUAAAUUAAUACGCCGUCUGUUUAGAAGUCAAGGUGUCCGUCGCUCAUUGGGGUAAUAUGACUAUCCAGGUCAACUUUUGAUUAAGUUACCCACACUCAAAAUAGUAUAAAAAAGAGAAUCGAUAUCAUCACGACAAUUAGAUUCGAUAUUGUGUACAAUACACGUUAUAACGCCUUAUGUAUGACGCCUUAAGAGUGAACUUUGAUUAGUUUGCACACGUAUGUACAAAACAGUGGUACCUUGUAUGUUUGUCACGUCAACCCAACGGGUCGCGGGAACCGAUUGGCCAAGUCAUUUCCAACAGUCAUAAUACAUAUUUUGUCUAAGGUUAUACGAUCGUUUGUCUCGCGAAUUCGCAUGGAAUUUAUUUCGAAUUCUUUUGCGCAUACUUUAACGAAUUAUGAAACCGAAUGUACAAAUUAUUUAGCGCAAAAAUCGCUAUGAUAUUUACAGUUUAGGCUCAUGAGAGUGAACUGAUCUUUUUUAUUUAUCAACUCUUAGGUUAUUUCCAAAACAGGAGUGACUAACCGCCGAUUUCAAUGAACGAUCCCAAUCACUUGAUAAUUGAUAUCAAUCGAUAGCUAAAAUGAACCUAUCCGAAAAAAUAUUUUUUUGACAUUAAGCAUAUGACACAUUUCGAGUGGUUUAUUCUCCGAAUUGGAUUGAAGAUUAGAAUUAUGAUCGUUGGAUAUGCUAAAAUUUGUAUUCGUUGUGCAAAGCCGCAACGUACGUAUAGGCCAAUGUAGUGUUGCCAAUGUUUGACUUGUGUGGUGAUUGGUUUCUUUACGUGCAUAAAAGAGGCAAAAUUAUUCGUUACAGCCAUAAUAUAUGUCCAUAUUAUUUAAAUAUUGGUUAAAAAAAACGAAAUGUCUGUCUAUUCUGGUUCCUUCGGCCUCAUGUAAUAAAUUAUGAAAAUUAUAAUCUGUUAAAAAUAAGGAAUACACCGAAUAAAUAAAGAUAUUAUUUGA